AUGAACUGCUUCCGCCUUGCCGCACGACACCUGAAGCCAACACAACCCAUCCCCACACACAGACCAACCAUCAGCAUCACCAAAGCAACAAUAAAACCAAUCAAGAUGUCAACAUUCACAAUCCCCGGCUCAAACCUCAACGUGAAUAGCAUCCCAGACUUAAGCCAGAAUGAUCUACUUUCAUUCCCAGCCUUCAAAGUCUGGAUAACAACCCUCCAGCAGUCCCUCGCGCGACAAGAACACCCCUCACACGAGUUCCACAGUGACCCAUAUGUACUACGCAAAAUCGAUAUCCAAUCCGUCGACCGCUUCGGUGGUGGGCGAUUAGGCUUCAUCAAAUUGAAAGCAGAGGUAUCAAAUGGCCAGGGCGAGACUUUGCCCGGCAGCGUAUUCUUGCGGGGUGGCAGUGUUGGCAUGCUACUCAUCCUUCAACCGGAUGAUAUACCCUCCCCGACUGAGAAUGACAAGCGCGCUAUCCUGACCAUCCAGCCCCGUAUUCCAGCAGGCUCGCUGGCGUUUCCGGAGAUUCCGGCUGGGAUGCUCGAUGACAGUGGGACGUUUGCUGGUGGUGCGGCGAAGGAGAUCCAAGAAGAGACGGGUUUGCAGGUUGAGCAGAGCGAUCUGAUUGAUAUGACCUCGCUGGCAUUGCAGGCUGCACAGGAACCUGGUUAUGGCGAGCGCCUGCAGCAAGCUGUUUAUCCGUCCCCUGGUGGGAGUGAUGAGUUCAUUCCGUUGUUCUUAUGUCAGAAGUCUAUGCCUAGGAAGGAGAUAGAGGAGUUACAGGGGAAGCUAACGGGGUUACGGGAGGACGGGGAGAAGAUUACGCUUAAGAUUGUGCCUUUGACGGACUUGUGGAAGGAAGGGCUUAGGGAUGGGAAGACUUUGGCUGCUUGGGCUUUGUACCAGGGACUGAAGCAAGAUGGGCUGCUUUGA